GCCACAUAGAUAUAUCGACAACAUCACAUAAUUGUGGUGAUCUCUGACUGCUAGAAGUUUAAAUUAUGCAUUCUAACUACCAAACAAAAAAAAGAGCAUGCAAAUUUGCAUGACUAAGGCCAAUAUAAGCAUGCAAAUAUGUCAAGAUUUGAUCUUACACCAUCUCAAAGAGAGAUCAAUCAUGGCUGCCGAGAACGCCAACAGUGGCGAUGCUGUCAACAACGGCAAUAGUGCCGACGCCGCUGCCAAAAAAGCCGGCGCUGCUCCUCCACAACUAGUGUUCCGGUGUGCAGCGUGCCCUCGGGAAUUCGAUAAUGCAUGGGACCGCGCUAUGCACGAGCGGGAUGAUCACCAUCAGGGGUACUACGAUUCCAAUGUUUGGUGUAACAUCUGCGGGGAGAUUUUCAGCGAUCUGUCCGGGGUGAUUGCGCACCAACACCACUGCCACCUCGCCGAGGCUAGCUUACUCUGCCCCUGUCAGCGCCGCUUUCGUAGGUUUGAGGACGCGGCGCAGCACAUGAUUCGCCGUCACAGCGUAGUAGUUGUUCGUCGCAAUUAGCUAGCUAGUGGGCCAGCCAAGUUAGGUUGUCCGGACGGGUUGUUAGCCUU